CCUGAGAGAGCGGCAGCGUUAGUGAAAUGGAGGUCCUCGGGGCGAUUCCAGAGAAACCCAGCCGCAGAAAGUACAGGGCCGCCUUGAAGAAGGAGAAACGAAGGAGACGUCGGCAGGAACUCGCCCGAUUGAGGGACUCAGGACUCUCACAGAAGGAAGAGGAGGAGGAUGAUACUUUUAUUGAACAACAACUAGAAGAAGAGAAGCCGUUGGAGACGGAGAGGCAAAAAUUGCAUGAGGAGUGGUUGCUUCAGGAGCAGAAGGCACAAGAAGAAUUCAGAAUAAAGAAAGAAACGGAAGACACAGCUAGAAAGUGGCGGGAAGAACAAGAGAGAAAGUUAAAGGAAAAAUGGGAAGAAAAGCAGAGAAAAGAGAGAAAAGAGGAGGAGCAGAAGCUACAGGAGAAGAAGGGAAGACAGGAAGCUGUGCAGAAGAUGUUGGAGCAGGCUGAAAAUGAGUUGGAAAAUGGUACCACAUGGCAAAACCCAGAACCACCCACGGACUUCAUAGUGGAGAAAGAUCGAGCCAAUUGUCCAUUCUACAGUAAAACAGGAGCUUGUAGAUUUGGAGAUAGGUGUUCACGUAAACACAAUUUCCCAGCCUCGAGUCCCACACUUCUUAUUAAAAGCAUGUUUACAACUUUUGGGAUGGAGCAGUGCAGAAGGGACGACUAUGACCCCGAUGCAAGCCUGGAGUACAGUGAAGAGGAAACCUACCAGCAGUUCCGGGACUUCUAUGCUGAUGUGCUCCCCGAGUUCAGGAAAGUGGGGAAGGUGAUCCAGUUCAAGGUCAGCUGCAACUUGGAACCUCACCUGAGGGGCAAUGUGUAUGUUCAAUAUCAGUUGGAAGAAGAAUGCCAAGCAGCCUUUUCUCUGUUUAAUGGACGAUGGUAUGCAGGAAGGCAGCUUCAGUGCGAAUUCUGCCCAGUGACCCGAUGGAAAAUGGCAAUUUGCGCUUUAUUUGAAAUACAACAAUGUCCAAGAGGAAAACACUGCAACUUUCUUCAUGUGUUCAGAAACCCCAACAAUGAAUUCUGGGGAGCUAAUAGAGACAUCUACCUGUCUCCAGAUCGGCCUGCCUCCUCCUUUGGGAAGAACUCAGAAAAGAGAGAGAGGCCAGGCCGCCACAAUGAAUACUCCAGCAGGCCAAGGCGGAGGAGGAGCCCCAGUACAGCCCAUUGCUACCUAAGAAACAGGGAAUUGGAGAGGAAAAGGAGGAGGAAUCACAGGACGACGAAAUCCCACAAACACACGUCACAGAGUCAUGGAAGGCACAGGUCCCAAAGUAGAGGAAGGAAAAGGGACCACAGCCAGGGUUAUGCCGUGAGCCAGAGCUCCUCCAGGUCCAGGAGUCAUGGUGGGAGGGGGUCAGGUAGUAGGGACAGAACUGUUCAUAGUCCCAAAUCCAAAAUAAACCUAUUUUGUUCUUAAAUGAUUAUAUGUAUCUUACUUACUGUGGCUGCUGCAUAAUUGGGUAAAGGGCUCUGAGCUCAAAUGGGUUAAACAGGUUUGGCAGAACCCUGGGUAGUCUGGAACCUUAUUUACUUUAACUCUCUGAUAAAACACAAAAUGUAUACAUAACAUGAAAAUUACUUGUAAUCCUAACCCUCAAAGAUAACCAGUUGACACUGGAGUGUGGUGCAUUAGCUAUUUUUCUUCUUAUAGGUCUGUACUUUUU